AUGGGAGACCGAGAUUUUGGACCAACUGCUCCAAGUCUUGCACUCUGUUACUUUAAUAGCAGAUGUACAAGACAGAGUGGUGUGGAGGUUUUGCAGGAGGAGACCUUGGAUGAGGAGAUACUGAGCUAUGGAUUCACAAAGGAAAUUUGGAAAGGGUUAGUUCCACCCAGGGUCGAGUUAUUUGCGUGGUUUGUAUUGGUAGGGAGGGUUAACACAAAGGAUCGACUAAGUAGACUGGAAAUUCUACAACAGAAUGAUAAUUUGUGUGUGUUGUGCAAGAAGGAGGUUGAAAAUACCCAACAUUUAUUUGUUACUUGCGAGCUUUCCUGGCAAGUGUGGUGUGCAUGGGUCUCAUCAUUUGGACAGAAAUGGACUGCUCCUGAUAAUUUGAAAGAUCAUUUCGAGAGUUGGAGAUACAUGCCAGUAAAAAGGACACAGCGCAAGAGUUGGAUAGUAGGUUUUUUCUCAGUAAUAUGGAUUAUAUGGCUAAGACGGAAUGAAGUUAUAUUUCAGAACAAGACAACAGGAGUUACAGAUUGUGUGGAUCAAGCGUUUACUUUUGCUACAGAGUGGUGUGAUAAAUAA